CUUUCCAGCCAAUCUUGUCUGAGCAACGGGAUUGCCCCUAACAAAUAUGGCGAGAGAGGCCUCUGUAAGGGCAGACUGAUUUAACACCCAAACCCGCUGCGGCCAGCGAAGGCAGUGGUAGCCGCGCGGCUGGGAGCAUGGAGGGCGGCAGCACUGGCAGCGCUGGCAGCGGUGGCAGCGAUAGCAGCCCCAGCGGGACUGGCGGGGCGCAGCAAAGGGAGCUGGAGCGCAUGGCUGAGGUCCUGGUCACCGGGGAGCAGCUACGGCUCAGGCUGCAUGAAGAAAAGGUUAUUAAAGACAGGCGGCAUCAUCUCAAAACCUACCCAAACUGUUUUGUCGCCAAAGAACUGAUCGACUGGCUGAUUGAGCACAAGGAGGCUUCCGACAGGGAGACGGCGAUUAAACUCAUGCAGAAGUUAGCAGACCGGGGCAUCAUUCAUCACGUGUGUGAUGAACACAAGGAAUUCAAGGAUGUCAAACUCUUCUACCGCUUCAGAAAGGAUGACGGCACCUUCCCACUGGACAACGAAGUGAAGGCCUUCAUGAGAGGACAGAGGCUGUACGAGAAGCUGAUGAGCCCUGAAAACACACUCCUGCAGCCUCGGGAAGAGGAAGGGGUCAAGUAUGAGCGCACCUUCAUGGCAUCUGAAUUCUUGGAUUGGCUGGUUCAGGAAGGUGAGGCCACCACAAGGAAAGAGGCAGAGCAACUAUGCCACCGGCUUAUGGAGUAUGGCAUCAUCCAGCAUGUGUCCAACAAGCACCCGUUCGUGGACAGCAAUCUUCUCUACCAGUUCAGAAUGAACUUCCGGCGGAGGCGGAGGCUCAUGGAGCUGCUCAAUGAGAAGUCCCCCUCCCAGGAAACACAUGACAGUCCCUUCUGCUUGAGGAAGCAGAGCCAUGACAAUCGGAAGUCUACCAGUUUCAUGUCAGUCAGCCCCAGCAAGGAGAUCAAGAUCGUGUCUGCGGUGAGGAGGAGCAGCAUGAGCAGCUGUGGCAGCAGUGGCUACUUCAGCAGCAGCCCCACGCUCAGCAGCAGCCCCCCUGUGCUCUGCAACCCCAAGUCUGUGUUAAAGAGACCCGUCACUUCUGAGGAACUCCUGACGCCCGGAGCCCCGUAUGCAAGGAAGACAUUCACGAUCGUGGGUGACGCUGUCGGCUGGGGCUUCGUGGUGCGAGGAAGCAAGCCCUGCCACAUCCAGGCUGUGGACCCCAGUGGCCCCGCAGCCGCGGCAGGAAUGAAGGUCUGCCAGUUUGUCGUCUCUGUCAAUGGGCUCAACGUGCUGCAUGUAGACUACCGGACCGUGAGCAACCUGAUUCUGACAGGCCCUCGGACCAUCGUCAUGGAGGUCAUGGAGGAGUUGGAGUGCUGAGCGGGGGGUGGGCCCCUCGAGUGGCCUGCAGAUGAGUGACACCAAAACAACACGGAGCAACCCAAUGACAAGACUUCCUUGCCCGUGGGUGGCUUUGGACAUACAGAUCUUUUCUCCGUGCACACACAUCCUAAUUCGAGUUUCAUACGCUGUUUGAAUGUGGAAGGACUGGGUAAUGCAUCUUAAAAACAACAACUUAUGUCAGUGUAGAACAUAUUUGGGACACAGAGUUUUCUGAUUGUAGAAUCGCUCUUUGUAGUUCUCAUCCACUGUUUUUUUUUAUCUUAGUUUUGCAGAAAGUUGUUGAAAUGCUUCUCUAGCCAAAACAGCCACGUGCUCAAGUCCCCUUUGUAGGGAGUCAGUAGCGUAGUUUUUACAGACUCCUGAGUGUAGCCUCACCGAAAUGAGCGUGGAACUGCUUAUUAGAGAAUCUAGAUUCCAUUGAGCUUCAAAUUAAAGCAACAAAGGAAUAGUAUCUGCGAAUUCGCAUUUUGAAGGAGGUUCUAAAGCAUUCGAGUGCUUAAAAGCCAUCAAAAAAUGGCUUUUUCUUAAUUCCUGCCUUUAGUAUCAACUUUUUACAUAUGUUUUCAACAUACGUUGACAGACAAAAGCGAUGGGAUGAUAUGGGUGGGCAGGUAGGGAGAUGCCGCUUCAAAUUGUUUGCCAUUUUCUCUGUCUGAGUCUAAAGCAUUUUGUUCUGUCAGCUACUGCAACUUUCUGGAGUUAAUGCUGAGCGUGUUGAAUGUCAAAACAGAGAAGUCUGUACGUACACAUAUGAUCCAGAUCAAGCCUCUGGCAAGAUUUCACUCUGAGGUUGUCCCUUUUUAAGUGAAGUAUCCUAGAACUUGGCCCAUAUGUGAUGAAAACUUGAAACUAAAUUGCCUUCCUGGCCUGCAUUGCUACUAGCUUUCUAGUAUAACAUAUUCUAAGGACAUGACGUGCUGCUCAUUUGGCAAGAUUACUGUGUUUUGCCAUGUAUAAUAUGACUUUUUGCCCAAUUUGGGGGGGGGGAGGAUAAGGAGGAGCAUUAUACGUGGGUAUAAUGAUUGCACAGCAUGGGCCUAACAAUCCCGUGUAUAAUGUGCACAGAACCGUGGGUGUGCAUUGUACACGGGGGUGCACUUGGCACCACCGAAUGCGGUAUUUUUCACCAAAAGCAAUUCUUGUGUAUUGUGACUUUUCAGCUCACUUGUAUAUAUGCAUGUUUCCUUCUUUCUCACUAUUAUGAUUCUUUCUUUUUUUUUUUUAUCUAGAAAAUAAUGUAUUUUGGGUCUUGGUGUAUAGAGGAAAUUCCUCAACGUGCCAAAUUAGGGAGUCAGGGAACACUGAAUUCUUUUUAAUUUCAUAUAAUGAAUUCUGAAUGAUGAAGUUACUUUCUUAUGAUGCAUUAACAAAAUAAAAUAUGGAUGAUGUACCUCA